AAAGGAGCAUAUUUUUAAAGCAUGAAGCCACCUGAGAGGAGACGCUCUGCGCCAUCGAGAUACAUCUUUCAAUCUGCACAGAAGAAGCAGCAGCAUCGGUAUGUGAGAUACAGCCAGUGGAGUGCCAAAGAAAAGCACAUCCUGUUGAGGGGUCUUAAGUCACAAACUGGAGUAAAGGAACUGAAUAUAGAGCAGCUGAAGCAAUACCUACCGAGAAAGACUGAAGCAGAGGUUGCUGCCUUCAUUCACCAGCUGAAAGGACGGGUAGCCAGAGAGGCUGCAAGGAAAGAAUAUGUUCGCCUUCUAGAAGAAAAGAGAAAAAGAGAAGCAAAGGCUCCUGCUCCCAUAGAGGUAUGGAUUAAGCUAGCAGCAGACGCAACUGGCAAGCUAGAGGAAGCAAUGACUGUUGCAUUCUCACAGAUGUUGACUAUUGCUGCAACAGAGCCAGUGAGUUUGCGUCAUUCUGUCCCAAGCAAGCCUACAAAAGUAACAGAAAAGAAAGUGGUUCAGGAGGAAGUUUCUGGCACACAGGAAAAAGAGACCUCAUCUACUCAGCCGUCUGCAGUGACUGCCAUUAGCCAAACUCCUGAUGCUCCUAUUCAAGGUGCUGGUGAACAAACAUCUAACCCGAGCUCAGAAGCAAGCAUGAAACAGCACAGUGAAGUGGAAGUCUCCGAAAAGAGUGCAGGUGUUGAUAAAGAAGACUCAGAAUUUACAGUGGACUUUGAAAAGAUCUACCACUACUUCUCAGCCCUUGCAAGAGGGAUAAAACUCCCCACACUAUCCAGUUUUGAGUCUGCUGUUCUGUUUGACCUCUUGAUGUCCCUUCCUGAAGAGCUUCCCAAGCUGGACUGUUACGGUCUACAGUGUCAGACGCAUCAAGCCUACAGCAAACUAACCACGCCACAGAACUUGUGUGGUACUCCUGACCAGGAUUCCGGACCUUGUAGAAGUUCACACCAGGCACAAGAUGUAGCUCCUUUGACUGGUAUGGAAGAUUGCUCCAAAGGUAAUGCUGCUGAGGAAGACAAAACACAAAGACUAACCCACAUUGGACAGGAUACAAGUCGGAAGCUGCCUAAAACUGUGCAGAUGUCACUGAGCAGUCCUGUUACAUCUGCUCAGACUCUCUCUGACCAUGCUUCUUCCCAGCAGAAUCUGCAAAGUGGCACUCAGCAUUUGACAGGCCACAAGAACAUUUCCUGGAAGGAUGUUGAUGUUUGCCCUUUGAAUCCUUUCAUGCUGCCUUUGAAACUUUUGGCACGUGGUACAACAGAAGCAGAUCUGUAAAGUGUGUGUGUGUGUAAACAUGAGAGAGAGCACUUGCUUGUGUGUGUAUGCUUGUAUAGCUGUCAUUUAUUUAUGUAUGUAUGUAGUGUAAAUAUUUGUUUAUUGCAAGUCUGCAGAAUGGUAGUUGCUUUGUAAGAAAAAUAUUUUGUUACAUAUGAGAAUUAUUUUGGUACUUAUUACUGAGUACUUUUUGAGGUGCUUCUUGCCCUUAUUUUUUCUGACUGUCAGAUCUUCCCUUAUCAGACUUGAGUGCUUUCUUUUCAUUGUUCUGGGUAUCUCCGUACAAGUCAGUCUUAUCCUGAGGGGCCCAUCAUUCAUGCUACCAUAAGGAUUAUUUUUUGUACCUCUUUCUGUGCCCCAUCCUCCACUUUAGAUGCCAUUAAGGGAGUACAUCCUCAUCCCUUAACCUGAGAGUCUGGUUUACUCCUUAGAUUGGAGCCUGUGGCGAUUGUACCUAAUUCUGUUGACCAGGAACUGAAUGGCUGUCUCCUAGUCUGCAGCCCAUAUUAUGCCAGGUGCUGACAGUGAAGGUGUUUCUGUAUCAUCCUUUCCAUGCACCAGAUGGCUUAGUGAAUGCCCGAGUCACUGUUGAGCAUUUCUCUGUCCUCCCCUUACAUGUGAAUGCUCCUAUACCCUUGGGGACUGCCUUCUCCUGCUUGGGAGUCUCUAGCACGUAGCACCCAGUCUUCAGCCAUUUGUGUUGUGUAAGCCCUCUCCUCAGCUUGGUUCUUAAAUUUCUGACCUGCAUGAAUUCAGGUGAUCUGGAUUGUAAACUAGACUUUGUCCAUCUGUGCUGCAAAGCCAAGCAAGUAAAUUUUAUUUUGCCUACUUAAACUGGUUUAAUUUUUGUUGCUGUUGUGUUACUGACAGUCCUACAUGUAGACGUUUUCCAGAGAUUAUUGCAUGUCUCUGGUGAAUCUCGUAACUGAAAUGCAGAAUCAGUAAGUAUAAAUGUGAAGUUAAAUGUGGACAGAAGUGACUCAAAAAUAAGUGAUUUCCCCCAACACACAAGCUUAACCGUUCACCCCCCCCCCUCCCCCAAAAGAAAGGUGCUGUGGUGUCAUUUUACUGCUGGGGUGCCAAGAACAAAGUGUAGUUUAUAUUACUUGUACAACCAGUUGAGCUGUUUUUCUACUCUUCACAGAAGGCUGACUGUAUUUUGUAAUACAUAUAAUGUAGUUUGGUAAUGUCACUUCAGAGUGGCAGGCACUGUUGUUGGAAGUUGCUUCAAAGUAUACAAAUUAAUAUUUGGUAUCAUAGUGUUUCCACUGUUGUGAGAUAUUUGAGAAUUAAAAUGUUAAUAAAAGAACAAGAGCAAUAUAAAUAAAGUCAGUGAAGCAGACAGUGCUGAUUUGUGUUCCAUAUGUAUUCCACUAAAGCCAGGUCCAUACCUAUACAUGUUUACUUGGAAUAGUUGAGUGUGUCUGAAAAAGCUUGUUGGAGUAGAAAAGCAGAUUUAUAUAAACCAGUAAGUUCUGGAGCGUAAUGGUUCUCAAACUGUAAUUUCCUUAACAGAGCCCUGCUGACCCUUGAAAAGUCUAAGUUUGAAUGUACAUAGUGUAUUUUUUUCUAUAAUAAUUAAAUGGUUUAAUUUUUAAUUUAA